AUGAUGAUGAAGAAGUCAUCCCCGAAUCGCCACCUAAAGAGCUCAAGCGCAAAAAAAAAAAAAAAAAAAAAAAACACGGGGAAGGGGAAGGCGGUUGAAACCGAACCCGAAACCGGGCCAAAAAGCGGUUCAAGAGCAAAGCCGAGACAGUGGACAAAAGUAGAGGAGGAGGCGCUAGCACUUGCGUUUGUUAAGUCCUCAACUUACCCGAUUGUCGGGAACAAUCAAACGGGUACUAGUUUUUGGAAGGCGACAACGGAAAGAUUUAACGGGAUUAUGGGGCAAGGCCCGAUGCGUGAUCUCAAUUCCGUCUCGGGCAAGUGGCGUAAAAUGAACAAGACCAUCAAUGAAUUUUGCGGGUAUUAUAACCAAAUUUACACUAAUCCUCCUAGCGGGAGUAACGACGAGGACAUUCUUAACCUUGCGUUGGCUAAAUGGGAUUCUAAAAAUUCAACACAUUUCCCACACCUCCGAGCAUGGAACGUUUUAAAGAAAGAAAACAAAUGGAAGCAGGUUCCAAAUGAGGUCGCAACCGCCAAACGGAGUAAAACUUCCGAGUUCGGAAGUUAUAGUGCGGGAGGCUCCACCGCUCGUUGUCAAAUCGACAUAAACGACGACCCGAUAUAUGACGGGGAUGUGUUGCCCGUUCACGAGUCGGAACGCCCCCCCCGAAAGGGACAAACUAAAAAAAGAGGCGGCCGGAAAGCGAAAAGGGGGCGGCUCGGGUGGAGGGGGCGGCUCAGGGGCGGCUUCGAAAAUGGACGAGUUGAUAACCGAAUUCCGUUCGUUCAAAGAGCUCGCGGCUGA